AUGGUGGAUAUGGUUGCAGACUAUUAUGAGUCAUUGUAUAAAGAACCAGUAGUAAUGCGACUUCAUUCCUAUGUGGAUUCACCUUUAGUUGAAUGGGAUCACGUCCUUGAUACGAUACCUACAGUCACUUAUCCAGAAUUAAUCAAAUCUCUAUCUAAAAAGAAGAAAAAACGUUCGUGUGAUAUUCAUGGUUUAUCUCCCUAUAUGUUAAGCCAGAUGCCUCGUAACUAUUGGCAUAUUUUUGUACGUCUCUAUAAUCAUUCGUUUACAACUUGCUUCAUGCCAAAAAAGUUCAAAGAAGUUCGAAUGAUAUUAUUAGCGAAAAAGAAUGCAGUUUGCGCACCUGAUGAAACAAGACCUAUUUCUCUAUUGGACUCCUUUAUGAAAGUUCAGGAACGAUUAUUUUUGGAUCGCUUUCUGCAAGUGCUAAAAGACAAAGGUAUACUUCCAGAUACUCAAUCUGGUUUUCGGGCGAAUCAUCGUCUUCAAACUCGUGUUCUACUUCUUAUAGAACAAAUUUCUUCCUACAUGUCUAACAGCUCGCCAGUGGCAACGGUAUUUGUUGAUUUUAAAUCGGUAUUUGAUCAACUGUGGUUUUUGGGUUGUCUAGGGAAAUUACCGAGAAUGGGAAUCCCAAAAUCGUAUGUUAAUUGGGUACGAGCGUGGCUUAUAAAUCGGAAAGGGACAAUAGAAAUAUUCGGUAAGAGAUCGAGAUGGUUUGUAAUACUUCGAGGUGGUCCUCAAGGCUCGAGUCUUACACCAACGUUAUUUAUAACUUAUCAUAGCGACAUGGGAGAUUUUAUACCAAUGGCUAUGUCAUUCUUUUUCGCUGAUGAUCUUGCUGCCGUAGUAGCCGGUCAAAUUGGAAUUCGUUUCACUGAUCAAUGCACAGAUUUAGAACGUCGAUUGCAUUCUUUCUUCGAGCGUCUGGAAUUUCCUAAUCCUAUGCCUGAGUUGAAAUGUGGAAAUGAAACUAUAGGAUGGGUGGCUAUAUUUAAAUAUCUAGGAUACUGGAUAACGACUAAGCUGGGUUGGUGGAACAUCAUUGGAAAGAUCCGUCUUAGUGUGCGACAACAGACAGUGGGGGAUUAUCACUAA